UCCUAGUUCCCAUCUCAAGCACUUUACUGCCAUGCUGGACAAAUCUGGCGCUCCACCCCUCCAUUCAGUUAAACCGAGCACCGCCACUUGCUGUUAUCUGCAGAAUGUCCUUACGGUUAAUUGCAAUGAGUCAUGAAAUAUCUAGCUGCUCUCUUAACCUUUGAAUUUUGAUGGAUAUUAAUUUGCUGAAGGUAAAGGGACAAAGUGCAAGGGACACAAGAGACUGAAGAUUUUAAAACCUGAAGUCAUAAACAAGUUGCUGGUGAAACAGUGGGCUGAGCAGCACUCUUACUGCAAAUGUCUAGUACCAGAAAGUUUUCAUUUAAGAAAGUGAUUUGAUCUUUGCUGCUCCUCAAUUCUUCAAGAAAACAGCAAUGAAAUUGGUUAUAUUGGAGGACCACACCAAAGCCAGUGAAUGGGCUGCAAAAUAUAUCCGGAAUCGGAUCGUCCAAUUCAACCCUGGUCCAGGCAGAUAUUUCACCUUGGGGCUGCCAACUGGAAGCACUCCAUUGGGAAGCUAUAAAAAGCUAAUUGAAUAUUAUAAGAAUGGAGAUCUAUCCUUCAGAUAUGUAAAAACUUUUAACAUGGAUGAAUACGUAGGCCUUCCGAAGGGCCAUCCGGAAAGCUACCACUCUUUCAUGUGGAAUAAUUUCUUUAAACACGUGGAUAUCCUGGCAGAAAAUACGCAUAUCCUGGAUGGAAAUGCUCCAGACCUGGAGGCCGAAUGCAAUGCUUUUGAGGAGAAAAUUAAGGCGGCAGGAGGAAUUGAGCUGUUUGUUGGCGGUAUUGGUCCAGAUGGUCACAUUGCUUUCAAUGAACCAGGGUCCAGUCUUGUAUCUCGCACCAGAGUGAAGACGUUGGCAAUGGAUACAAUAUUGGCCAAUGCUAGAUUCUUCAAUGGAGAUUUGACUAAAGUCCCUACUAUGGCUUUGACAGUUGGUGUGGGCACAGUAAUGGACGCCAGGGAGGUGCUGAUUCUCAUCACGGGAGCUCAUAAAUCCUUGGCUCUGUACAAAGCAAUAGAAGAUGGUGUAAACCAUAUGUGGACUGUGUCUGCACUUCAGCAGCACCCCAAGGCACUGUUUGUGUGCGAUGAAGAUGCCACAUUGGAACUCCGUGUAAAAACAGUCCAGUAUUUUAAAGACCUGUCGCAUGUUCACAAUCAGCUUGUAGAGCCGUUGUACAGUAUGAAGCAAAAUGGUGCCGUUAAGGAAGCAGCUUGCUAGUCUUAAGGAAGACUUUUGAUCUGCAGGACCUUCCACAGAAAGCAGUACUUCUGCCUGAUUAACUGAAGAAAAUCUGGCCUGAGAUGUUAAGAUAAAUGACCCUGGUGCUUUACUUGUGUUAACAAUGAAAACUUUUAUUUUUGUGGCGAGGACAGUGAUGGAAUGUACCUUAAACCAGAAUUGACGAGAAUGGUGUUCACAACCUGUUCAAUGAUUUAUAUUGAUGAAUUGAGCAACUUGCAGCUUGGAUCUUCUGGAUCACAAUUUUGAAAUGCUUCUUUUAAUACAGUUAGAAAAAUCUGAAAAGCUAUUAAUUCUGCAAGUUAAAGUUGAGGGUUUGCCGACUAACGAGGACAAAGCCAUAAUGAUUUAAAUGUUAUUAAAAAUGAUCUUGCACAGAAGUCACUGAAGUACUGUGAAGUAUCAUUGUUUCAAGUAUUACUAUACAUUGAAUUGUAAUUCAGUCAUCAUGUUUUAUUCCUGUUAUAGUUUCUUAGUAAAAAUCACCUCCCAACAUGGGCAAAUUUACCAUUGCUUUUUGAUAACUUUUACUGAUAAUAUCUUUAUUGAACAAGACUUAAGAAAUCCCUGCAGUCCAUCUGGUUAAUGCUUAAAAACCGAUAAACUGCUAUAUCUCUCAAUGCCUUUUCUGCUAUAUUGCCAAUCAGCCAUCCCAUAUUUGCUAUAUUUCUCUUCAGUUCCCCUAGGCACUGUUCCACAGAACCGUGAGUUUCUGUGGACAUAGUGACUGCACAGAACUACACACACAACUGAUGAAGGGUUUUGAAUCCUGUUGAAGAAUCUCGGCCCAAAGCAUUGACUGUUUAUUCCCCUCCAUAGAUGUCUGACUUAAUGAGUUCCUCCAGCAUUGUAUGUAUGUUACACACACAACUCCUUGUUUGCAUGUGGUUUUAUGCCAAAUGUUUGCUGUGUUGGGUCACAAUAGAAAGAAUUUUGCAAUGGGCAAUUCAGUGAAGUAUAGAAGCUUCGGUAUUUUUCUCCCCCUAAAGUUUGAACUGAAUUGUGGGAUUGUUGUGUACUGUUACAGCACUUUGCACUGGUUACUGGCUAGUUAGUAUUUCAACGUGUUUACUUAAAGGAUUCUGUGUGUGUCUGAAGGCUAAUUAAUACAGAAAAGAUAUAUUUUAUGAAAACGUGAAGAAAAUCGUUGGAGCAGAAUUAAUUGAAGUAAACCAUAUUGCCAUGUUGUUUCAUUGUCAAUUUUCUGAUUCUCUUUUGAAAAACAAUAAAGAUAUGUUGCUUUUUAACA